UUUACACAGUAAUGUCAUACUAAAAAAAUUACAAAUCGCAGAUUAUUUAACUCUUAAAAAUAAUAUUUUAUUAUUAAUUUCGUUUCAUAAAAUUAAAAAGCAUGUUUAAAAAAAUUAUUUUAUAUGAGUUUUUCUUAUUUUGUCAAUUAUGUCAAGUUUUAUAUGUAUAUUGUGAUUCUCAAAGUGAAUAUUAUAAGAAAUACAUUAUUGAUUCAUUAAACCACAUUCGUGUUCAAAAUGGAUGGGACUCAAUUCAACAAACAGAAAUUAAACAUGAGCUCUUAACAAUUAGUACCAACAGUGUCACAAGCGAAAUUAUCGAUGAAAAUAACUUAAUACAAAAACUCUACUUUAUAACUUGUCUCAUAAAUUGUGAAUUUACUAAUAUAAUGCAAACUUUCAAUGCAAUGUUAGGCUUUAUUUUAAAUAAGUGUGAAGUGCAUGUUUUAAAAAGUCAAUGUAAUGAAUUGAAAUAUUGCAUAAAGAUAAUUGUUAAAACUUUUCAUUAUUCAAUACAUAUGUUUAAAAACAUGUUGAAAACAGCAAAUUAUCUCGAUAAAAUCGACCUACGAAUUAUUGACUCGCCUAUUCUUAAUAUUAAAACUGUAGAUAGCGAAAUAUAUUAUUUUUACACGUAUGCAUAUGAGAUUAGCAAAGAUUCAUUAUUUAAAACAUCUAGUAUGGAUAGAUGGGUUAAUAUUUUUGAAAAAAUAAAACAUUUUUGUAAAAAUGCUGAAUUAAUGAUAUCAAAUCUUUACAAAAAUAGAAAAGUGUGUGGGACAGACUAUAAAAGUUCUAUUUUAACCAAUUUAUUGAUGAAAUAUAAUAUCGAGAAAAUGGAAAAACUGGCAGAGGAUUCCUACGAUUAUAUUAAUGAUAUUAAUAAAGAUUUUGAAUUAUAUAUGUUGGGUAUAUCUGAAAACUGUUACUCAAAACUAGGCUUUGAACAACUAGAUGGAACAAAUACGUUCAAAUAUAUUCAUUUCAAGAGUAAGAAAUAUGGCCAUAAUGAAGGCAUCGCAUUGUGUAAUCAUUUUAUAUCUCAGCCUGGUUGGAAGUCAUUGCAACAUAUAGCUGUUGUCACUGAAUUUACAAACAGUAAAUCACUAAAUUUUAAUGACAUUAUAUGUACGGUUGAUAAGAAUAAUUAUUAUGUCAUGAGGACAUAUCUUGCACUUUUUUUAAGAUGUCGCUAUAUUGAAAUAUUCCAUAAUUUUUAUUUAAUGUUGGAACAUAUAAUUAAUGUUUGUAAAUAUGAAAAUAAAAUUAAUUGUGCGGUUAAGCUUAAAAAAACACUAAUGAAAUCCGAUGAUAUGUUUAAAAAAAUGUUAAUUGCUCUCGUUACUUUGAGACUCUACAGAAAAGAUAAAAAAUAUCGACGUCUAGAAUUAUCACUAGAGACAGUGGUAGAAUUAUUUAUUGAAUAUCUGAAUGAUGUUAGAAAAAAGUAUUUUAACUCAUUGUUAUUUAUUAAUGAGGGACUUUGUGAAGCUCAAUCGUUUUUUGAAGAAGUAGCUCACUUUCUUUUUUUAGUUUUACAGUCGAAAUUUAAUGAGGUAAUUCAAUUUAACAUGAAAUAUUGCAAAAUUAAUAAAUUUGAAUCAGACAUAAACAUAAUUACAACAUUUACACGAUUGAUUAAAACCAAUACCUUAACAGAAUAUACUACUAUUCAUCAUUUUAUGUGUGAUUAUAUGGAAUUAUUUAUAUUAAAGGUCGUGAAAAUGGAUUAUGAAUUUUUAGGUUUCAAUGAUUUGUUUUGUACAAUUUGAUUUUUUAUUCAAGACUUAAUAAAAUAUUGUAUAUAUGCUAUCAUAAAAUAAUUAAUUUUUCCUAAAUAUAGUUGUA